AUGGCUGCCAAUUCGAAGAACAGUCGCAAAAGGCAAUUGUCCGAGGUCGAAGAAUGUUCAGCCACAUCAAUCGCCGAUGCUGAAAUUGAAGUUGGCCAAAAUACGAAACGUCCACGAGUUGAGGAACGCAGAUCCUUGUUCGUCCGCUCUUUACCUGCGAAAGUCACGAAUGAGACCCUGGCAGACUUCUUCUCUCAACAUUUCCCCGUGAAACAUGCCGUCGUCGUUGUCGAUCAAAAGACCAAGGAAUCCAGAGGUUAUGGCUUUGUCACACUGGCGGAUGUGGACGAUGCUUUGGCGGCCAAGGACACUCUGGACAAGGCAGAGUGGGAAGGAAAACAUAUUCGCAUUGACAUAGCUGAGCCAAGGAAACGAAAGGCGGUUAUUUCAGACACGGCCGUCCCAAAAAAGCCUGGGAGAGAAGAAGACCGAAAGCCACCGAAGCUGAUUGUGCGAAAUCUGCCUUGGACCAUCAAAACCUCUGAACAACUAUCAAAUAUUUUCAGAAGUUAUGGAAAAGUCAAGUUUGCUGACUUACCCCAGUCGAAGGGGAAGCUUCGAGGUUUCGGAUUUAUCACGAUUCGUGGUAAGAAGAAUGCGGAGAAGGCCUUAGAGAGCGUUAACGGCAAGGAAAUCGAUGGCCGAACAUUGGCAGUGGACUGGGCUGUGGAUAAGGAGACUUGGGAGCAACAGCAGAACCUGGAAGCCGAAUAUGGAGCUUCCAGCCAUGAGAAUUUUCAUGCCGAUGAGAAAACCCUUUCGGGAAGUGUCGCAUCGCAUGACGACGAUGAUAACGGUACUCUUGCUGAGCCCGGAAAGAAUACUGAGCUUAAUGCAGACUUAGAAAAUUUUAUGAAAAAUCACAUGCAAAACAUGGAGGAUGAGGACGAAGAUGGUGGGGAGGAUGACUCGGUGGACAAUGACAAGCCAAGCGUGGAGAAGAAAGGCACUGAUAAUUCCUCCACUGUUUUCAUCCGAAACCUUCCUUUCACAACUACCGACGAGCAACUCAAAGAAUUCUUUUCUCAUUUCGGAGCUGUUCGCUAUGCCCGAGUUGUCAUUGAUAAAAGUACAGAAAAGCCUGCUGGCACUGGGUUUGUGUGCUUCGUGAAGCAGUCCGACGCCAAACGGUGUAUCAAAGAGGCUCCCCGACCUAGCGCAUCCGCCGCAAGAUCGAAACCGUCACUGUUGUUGGACGAGAAGGCUGACCCUAGUGGUAAAUACACUCUCGAAGGUCGUCUUCUUCAAGUCGCUCAGGCCGUGAACAAGGCGGAGGCAGCGAAUCUAGCCGACAACUCGCUUGCAAAACGCAGAGAGAAGGACAAGCGACGCCUGUAUCUGCUCUCCGAGGGAGCCAUAGGACGAGGAUCACCUCUGUUCGGUCUCCUCAGCCCUUCUGAAAUCCAAAUGCGCCAGGCCAGCGCUGCGCAACGGAAGAAACUCGUCCAAAGCAACCCCAGCCUGCAUCUCAGCCUGACACGACUGGCGCUACGGAACAUCCCACGAAACAUUGGUUCGAAGGAGCUGAAGGAACUCGCAAGAAAGGCUGUUGUAGGCUUUGCCGUGGAUGUGAAGGAGGGUCUCCGGCAGCCAUUAUCCAAGGAAGAGAAUGCCAGAGAUGGUAAAGACGCCAAAGAGAAAGAGCGUCAACGAAAGUUGAAGGGCAAGGGCAUAGUUCGACAAGCCAAAGUAGUUUUUGAAAGCAAUCAGGGAUCCAAAGUGGAUGAGACGAGCGGUGCUGGUAAGAGUCGUGGAUAUGGUUUCAUCGAGUACACUUCACACCAUUGGGCACUCAUGGGAUUACGUUAUCUCAAUGGCCACCAAAUCCAGGGCGAGAAUGGACGGAAACAACGGCUGGUUGUUGAAUUUGCCAUUGAAAACGCAAACGUUGUACAACGUCGACGUGCUGCGGAGAAGUCGGUUGAGCUUCAGCAAGAAGGACGCAACAAGCGAAGCGAAUCUGCAGAUGCUGGCAAGGGCAGGUCGCAAAGGCUAGAACGAGGUGGGAAGGGCGCAAAGGAUGGCAAUAGAGAAGCACGAGCCCAUGUUGAUGAUAAACAAAAACACGGAGCGUCUAAGGCUGAGGAUAUGCAGCAGAGACUUAUUGCCCGUACGAGGUUGAUGAGGAAGAAGAAGGCGAAGGCUCGGGGCAAGAUGUAA